UAGAUAGUAAAAAAGUAUCGUGUAAUUAUAUCGGCGAGCAAAGUAGGUACAGAGUAGAAGAGAUUUUAUAAUACUGACGGUUGUAAUGUCAAGGUUGGUUCAGUUAUAUAUAGUGAAAAUGACGCCUAAAAUAUCAAAAGAAGUAUUACAUGGAUGUGCCUUGGUUCUUGGAGCCGUUUUACAAGAAGAAUUAAAAAACACGAUUUGCGAGAAACGAAAAAGGAAAUGGGUGAGGGAAUGGAUUUCUCGCAGGGAUAAGUUAGGUGCUUCUUGCACCCUUUUAAAAGAAUUAGCUGAAGAAGAUUCGACAGCUUACAGAAAUAGCCUAAGAAUAAGUACUACAAAUUUUAAUAAAUUGCUGCAAAUGGUAGAAGAUUCAAUCCAAAAAACUAAUACGGUAAUGAGAUUGGCUAUUCCCACAAGAGUAAAACUUGAAAUAACGCUACGCUAUUUAGCCACUGGAGACAGCUUUAAAGCUUUGGAGUAUCUAUUGCGAGCCCCGGAAUGUACAAUUUCGAAAUUUUUACCGGAAGUUCUAACUGCAAUAUCAGAUGUUCUCAAACCCUACCUAAAGGUGCCCUCAGCAAGUGAUGAAUGGAAAGAAAUAGAAAAAAAAUUCAUGGCAUAUUGGAAUUUUCCUAGAUGGUGCGGUCCAAUUGAUGGUAAACACGUUCAAAUUAAAUGCCCACCAAACAGCGGUUCAUCAUUUUAUAAUUAUAAGGGCACAUACAGCAUAAUUUUAUUCGCCAUGGUGGAUGCAACUUACAGCUUCAGAUACAUAGAUAUAGGAGGAAAUGGACGUGCAAGCGAUAGUGCAAUAUUCAGAGACUCAACUUUAAACAUAGCCAUUCAGAAUAAGUUGUUAGGCUUCCCUGACAAAUCAGUUAUUAUUGGUGACGAUGCAUUUCCCUUAAGAGCAAAUUUAAUGAAGCCGUAUAGUAAAAACAACUUAUCAAAUGAAGAAAAAGUUUUCAACUAUAGGCUUUCCAGAGCGCGGCGAGUAGUAGAAAAUGCAUUUGGUAUACUUGUCUGGCGAUUUCGAGUAUUUCAGAGACCAAUACAAUUAAAAUCAGAUACUAUUGAUAAAGUAAUCUGGGCUGCUUGUAGUUUACAUAAUUGGCUACGAAUGACUUCUAAUACUUACCUUACCCCACAAUCAGUUGACAGUGAGGAUUUAAAUACUUUUGAGGUAUUUUGA